GGUGGUACACCAUAUUACCCUCAGUCUUGUCAAGAGCAAUAUAAACUGGUUUACAAUGAGGUCGUAGAUAUCGUGCGAAUGGAAAUGAAAGAGAGAUUUCGUGAGAAUGAAUAUGAAGUUCUGGCUGCAGUCGAAAAACUUCUAGUAGACUCACUGACAGAGAGCCGACCAGACCGGUCGAGUCUUCAGACAGUGUGCACAUUUUAUGGCAACGACUUCAAUUCUGGCCGACUUGAGCAUGAACUUGAAAUUUUUUAUGGUAAUAUUCAAGCGUACCAAGGCGAACCGGACUGGACUGUAGAGAGUGAAGAGGGAACUGACUUGCCCGAACUUGUAAAAGUCCGGACGUUCUUCAACAAAGGCACUAACAGGGACUGCUACCCAGAAACUUGUAAGCUUCUUAAGACACUUCUUGUCAUUCCUGCAUCUUCAUCGGAAUGUGAACGAUCAUUUUCCACUCUCCGUCGUUUGAAAACGUGGCUCAGAACGUCGAUGGGACAAGAACGUCUGACUAGUCUAGCACUCCUGACAGUCGAGCGCGAAGAAUGUCGAAAAUUGGAGUGUAGAGUGGAAGACCUUGUUGCAGAGUUUGGGUCUAGUGGACGAAGGCGUUUACUGUUAAAUUAGUUUAUCGCACCUCCGUGACGUCUAGAACAGCUGUUGCAUUUAAACUAUGCUACGCUAUCUAGAGUACCCUGGAACCGUUGGUUAAUUGCAAACUAUUUAGCUGCCAGUAGAACGUACUCUGCUCACACAAGAAUGAUCAAUUCUCCAAGCUCCCACGUAUGCACCACUCAGUCUUCAAGUACGCAUGUGACAGCUUUUUGCCCAUAUGUAGGUACGUACUACGAAGGCAAGAAGUGUGUGGUUGGCUGAUUUGACUGAUGAAGUGGGCGUGUCCCGUUGCGUCGCAAAGUCUAGCCCCCCCAAUCCUAGA